UUUUCCACAGAGCAGCAGCCACCGCGCUAAUCCUCAUAUUUACUGAACCCACCAUCACCAGGGCCGGCUAAUGACCCUUUCUACGGCUUUUAGUGGCUUCACUCUGACCUGAGAAAGUUUAUCCUCAACAGGAACUCCGUCCUCAGGCUGUGGUGAGUCCGGACAGUUUUAACCACCCCGGAGGAGCGGUUAAUUAUAUGUCGGUCCCCCACGUUUGUCUCCGUAGCCACCGAGCAGUUGUUAGCUCCGACACAAAGAGAGGAGUCUUGCUAACUGGCUAAACAACCAACAAACUUAUCCGGAAAUGGAUACGUUUCAGAAAGUGGAAAAGAUAGGAGAAGGGACGUACGGAGUGGUUUACAAAGCGAAGAACAAAGUCACCGGAGAAACUGUCGCUCUGAAGAAAAUCAGGCUAGACACGGAAACGGAGGGUGUACCAAGCACUGCCAUCCGAGAGAUUUCACUUCUCAAAGAACUCAGUCAUCCAAAUAUUGUCAAAUUGCGAGAUGUCAUCCACACCGAGAACAAGCUCUACCUUGUUUUUGAGUUCCUUCAUCAGGACCUAAAGAAGUUCAUGGACUCCUCAUCAGUCACUGGUAUCCCACUGCCUCUGGUUAAGAGUUAUCUUUUCCAGCUGCUGCAAGGCCUGGCCUUCUGCCACUCCCACAGGGUCCUUCAUCGAGACCUGAAGCCACAGAACCUCCUCAUCAACGCUCAGGGGGAGAUCAAGCUCGCUGACUUCGGCCUGGCAAGAGCCUUCGGAGUACCUGUCCGCACAUACACACAUGAGGUGGUAACACUUUGGUACAGAGCACCAGAAAUUCUCCUUGGUUGCAAAUACUACUCCACAGCUGUCGACAUCUGGAGUUUAGGCUGCAUCUUUGCUGAAAUGAUCACCAGGAGGGCCUUAUUCCCCGGCGACUCAGAGAUCGACCAGUUAUUCAGAAUCUUCCGCACCUUGGGCACACCAGAUGAGACCGUCUGGCCCGGAGUCACAUCAAUGCCCGACUACAAACCCUCUUUCCCCAAGUGGGCCAGACAGGAUUUAUCCAAGGUUGUUCCUCUUCUUGACGAGGAUGGAAGAGAAUUGCUUGGAGAAAUGCUGAAUUACGAUCCAAACAAAAGGUUAUCUGCCAAAAAUGCCCUUGUACAUCGAUUCUUCCGCGAUGUCACCAUGCCAGUUCCUCAUCUGAGACUCUGAGUCGAGCAAAAUAUCAGGCCAUUUUUUAUGCCAACAAACGUGUAAGCAAUAAGGACCUCAGCCUCCUUUCAGGACCAUACCUGGAAUAGACAGAAACGGUGGACACUACAGGAUAUGUUGGAUCCUUUAUGGAUAUUUGAUAAUACUGAAAACCAGCUUUCUAGAAAAUAGAUGUCCUGAAAGUUUUGCUGUUAUUUCACCUCUGAUGUUGUAAUAGUUAUGAAUGUUUAACUGUAAUUUUCAAUAUCAUAAUUUUGCAUAUUUAUGUGCAGCUGCCAUGUUUGAUGUAAAUGUUAUUUGUGAUUGGGAUGUUCCUCUGACUGAGUGCAGGUCAGGCAGACACAUUCUAGUUACGUGCCAUUAAAUUUCCCAAUUUAAUCGGUAUGUUGGCUUCAGGAUGUCCACAUUCAAAUAGUCAAGUAGGUAGAAUUAAAUGUUGUCGCAUACGUUUGUGGGAUAGUGCAAAUAACAAAUGCCGUGCUUUGUAAGACUGAGCAGCAGCUGAAUGAAAGGUGGAGUGACAACUCAGCACAAGUUGUCACACAACAGACAUCGUAGGCUGAUGUAAAACAGUUAGUGCUUAAAGAACAUGGAAUUAUAAUCAUGUUCAUGUAGUUUGAUUCUUACAGUUGACUUUGGGUCCAAAGUAUCUUGAAGUGAUUUUAAAACUGCACCUUGGCUUGUUGAACACAGAGAAAUGCUUCAUUCGGGUUUUCUGGCAGGAUUAUUUACCAAACUUAAGUUCUCAGCUUUGUACAUACAGUUACGAUAUUCAAAUGUUCCCUGUUCUAAUUCAGAUUUUACAGAAUUUAAUGGGCUGUUGCAUUUUUCUUAUUCAAGAUUUUAUCCAAAUUUAAUUAACUGUUUUU